CCAAGCACCCACAAAAAUUGUUUUCAGUAGAAAACAACUUUAGGCUCUUAUAGUAGCUAUUCUACUACUAUAGGCGGUUGUAAUUUAAACGUCUGUUAUGAGACAAAGUGCCUGAGCACUCAAAAUUAAAACAUUGAGGCUAUUGGACCGCGAUUUUAGUUUGACAGUCCUAUAUAAAGACAUGUCUGAACCAUUUGCCGAGAGCAGCUCGUCCAAGCGGAAAUUAGACUCCGGUGAUUUUUUUGAUCCUGAACUUUACGGUCUUCGACGAUCUGGACGUACUCGUACGAAUCCUGGAGUGUAUGUUGAUGCUGAACUGGAAGAGGAAUUACCCUCAAAACAGCGCCGUGGUACGAGGAAUGGGACUCAUCGCCAAAGGAAUUUAAGUGAUGAUGAUGAGGAUAAAGCCGAAUCUUUUUCCUCAUCGGAAGAUGAGAAGAGCGAUGGUAGUUUUUAUGGUGAUAGUUCUCGUAGGAGCACCAGAAGAAGGAAACCAUCACCUGAUUAUAACGUGGAUGAAGUAAGGUUUUCCUCUCGUAAUUCGAAAGGCGUAAAUUACAAUGAAGAUGCCUAUUUUGAAUCAAUCGAGGACGAGGAGGAACUUGAUGAUGGCUAUGAUUACGAUGCUGAAGCUCCAGAAGAACCUGAAGAAACAAAAGCCAUAGAUUGUAUCUUGGAUCAUAGACUCCGAGAAGGACAUGAUGGAUCAAAUGUCACUGAAGAUUACGAAUUUCUUAUAAAGUGGGUGAAUAUGUCCCACUUGCAUUGUACCUGGGAAAUUUACAAUAAUUUGGUUGGUUUCCGAGGAGCAAAAAAGGUCGAUAACCAUAUUAAGCAGGUUAUUCUUCUGGAACGUGAAAUUCGUGAAGAUCCGACGACAACCAGAGAGGACAUUGAGGCUAUGGAGAUUGACAUAGAACGAAAACGGGAUAGUUACAAAGAAUACAAAGAAGUAGAUCGCAUUGUCUAUGAAUAUAGGAAUCCAGAUGGCUCUUUGGAGUACUUGGUUAAAUGGAAGCAUCUCUUGUAUGAUUUUUGCACGUGGGAGCCUGCCGACAUUAUUGAGCCUAUAGCCAAAGAACAAAUUCAAUCUUUUCACGAAAGAGAGCAUAGUGCAUUGAUGCCAUCCCGUGGUACUAGCUAUGGUCAUACCCGGCCUAAGUAUCGUAAACUAGAGCAGCAGCCUUCUUAUAUUACAGGUGGUGAAUUACGUGACUUCCAGCUGACGGGUGUCAAUUGGAUGGCAUAUCUUUGGCAUAAGAAUGAGAACGGUAUUUUGGCGGAUGAAAUGGGUUUAGGAAAAACUGUGCAAACUGUUGCUUUUCUUUCAUACUUGGCCCAUUCUUUAAGACAGCACGGACCUUUUAUUGUAGUGGUCCCAUUAUCUACAGUCCCUUCAUGGCAAGAAACUUUCUCUCUUUGGGCUCCGGAUAUGAACUGCAUCAGUUAUCUUGGUAAUACCGCUUCUAGACAGGUUCUUCGAGACUAUGAGUUUUACGUCGAAGGAACUCAAAAAAUAAAGUUUAAUCUGCUGCUUACCACUUAUGAAUAUGUCCUUAAGGAUCGUUCCGUUUUAAGUAAUAUCAAAUGGCAAUACAUGGCGAUCGAUGAAGCUCAUCGUUUAAAAAACAGUGAAUCUUCACUCUAUGAAACAUUAUCGCAGUUUAAAAAUUCCAACAGACUGCUUAUUACGGGUACCCCACUUCAAAAUAACAUUAAAGAGCUUGCAGCUUUAGUCGAUUUUUUGAUGCCUGGAAAAUUCGAUAUUCGGGAGGAAAUAAACUUGGAAGCUCCAGAUCAGGAACAAGAGACUUAUAUUCGGAACCUUCAACAACAUCUGCAACCAUAUAUUCUGAGAAGAUUAAAAAAAGACGUUGAAAAAUCUUUGCCUUCUAAAUCAGAGCGUAUUUUGCGGGUGGAAUUAUCUGAUCUGCAAACAUAUUGGUACAAGAAUAUUUUAAGUCGUAACUAUCGUGUUCUUACCCAAAGCAUUAUAUCUGGUAGCCAAAUUUCGCUUUUGAACAUAGUCAUAGAAUUGAAAAAAGCAAGCAAUCAUCCUUAUUUGUUUGACGGAGUCGAAGAAUCAUGGAUGCAAAAGAUUGGUUCUCAGGGACGACGAGAGGAAGUACUCAAAGGUCUAAUUAUGAACAGCGGGAAAAUGGUUUUACUUGAUAAGUUACUUUCUAGACUACGCCGAGAUGGACAUCGUGUACUAAUUUUUAGUCAAAUGGUUCGCAUGUUAGAUAUCCUUGGUGAUUAUAUGGCAUUAAGAGGCUAUCCUUAUCAGCGUUUGGAUGGUACUGUUCCUGCGUCUGUUCGCAGAGUUUCUAUCGAUCACUAUAAUGCACCUGGUAGUCCUGAUUUUGUAUUCUUGCUUUCGACUCGAGCUGGUGGUUUGGGUAUUAAUCUAAUGACAGCUGACACUGUCAUUAUUUUUGAUUCUGAUUGGAAUCCACAGGCCGAUUUGCAAGCCAUGGCCCGUGCCCAUAGAAUUGGUCAAAAGAACCACGUUAUGGUUUAUCGUUUUCUAUCAAAAGACACUAUUGAGGAAGACGUAUUGGAAAGAGCCAGAAGAAAAAUGAUUUUAGAAUAUGCAAUCAUUUCCCUUGGUGUCACCGACAAACAAAAGAACGCUAAAAAUGACAAGUUUUCUGCAGAAGAGCUUAGUGCAAUUCUAAAAUUUGGAGCUUCAAAUAUGUUCAAGGCAGAGGACAAUCAAAAGAGGCUGGAAGAUAUGAAUUUGGAUGAGAUUCUGGAGCAUGCUGAAGACCAUGACACUUCUAACGACGUUGGCGGUGCUAGUAUGGGCGGUGAAGAUUUCCUGAAGCAAUUUGAGGUUACGGAUUAUAAGGCCGACGUUUCUUGGGAUGAUAUUAUUCCGCUGUCCGAAAGACAAAAAUAUGAAGAGGAGGAUCGACGAAAAGAAGAAGAAGCUCUAAAAAGAGAGAUUGAGUUGAACAACAGACGUGGAAACCGACCAUAUCCAAUUGAAAUGGCUGCGCCUUCUCCUUCUAAUACUGAUGUAUCCGAGAAAAAAUCCAAGAAGCAGAUGUUAAGGGAUGAAGUGUUACUGGAAAAAGAGAUUCGCUUGCUAUAUCGUGCAAUGAUUAGAUAUGGUCGUCUUCAGCAUCGUUACAAAGAGAUUGUUAAAUAUGCUGAUUUGUCAACGCAAGACGCUCAUUUAGUAAAAAAGAUAGCUUCUGAUUUAGAAGCAGUAUGUCAAAAAGCCAUUAAUGCUGCGGAAAAAGAGGCCGCGUCUGAGCAAACGAAUCAAAAAUCUCGAAAGGCACUGUUAAUUACCUUCAAGGGAGUGAAGAACAUUAAUGCCGAAACUUUAAUCCAACGUUUGAAUGAUCUCGAUGUAUUGUAUGAAGCAAUGCCAACAUCAGGAUAUUCCUCUUUUGAGAUCCCUGUGCAUCUUCGCUCCGUUCACGGUUGGUCAUGUGAAUGGGGAAGGCGGGAAGACUCCAUGUUACUAGCUGGUAUUUGUAAACAUGGGUUUGGAGCUUGGUUAGAGAUUCGCGACGAUCCGGAAUUGAAAAUGAAGGACAAAAUCUUUUUGGAUGAUAAUAAGUCUGAAAAUUCGGGAGAGAAAGAUAAGGAAAAAGAGAAAAAGGUUCCUUCUUCUGUACAUUUGGUACGACGAGGCGAAUAUCUGUUAAGUGCAUUACGAGAUUAUCACCGAAAAGCUGAAGAAGGCGUUGAAACUCCAAAGCCUGCUCCAAAGAGGCAAUCCCAAAACAGAAAGACAGUAAACAAGUCUAAUAAGAAUGGUCAACGCAGUGAAAGUGUAACUCGCACUCCAUCUCCGUCGGUUUCCGAAUCUCGAAAAAAGCAUGUUGGCAAAGACGUGAAAUCUGAAACACCUCAUAGAGACUCGCCUCGUGCUUCUGUUGAGCCUUCGGUAAAACGAGAAGAAUCAGAUCAACCUGAAGGCGAUGGGCUGACUAGUGAUCAAAAAGCAAAAUGUAAGGAACUGAUGUACCCGGUUCGUAAAUAUAUGAAAAAACUUCGAAAAGGCUCCUCUGGUUUGGAACGAACACAAUUGGUAAAGCUAUUUACGGAGUGUUUAACGACUAUAGGGGGGCAUAUUGAUGCUACCGUAACAAAACUUCCUGACAAUGAGAAGGAAGAUGUUCGUAAGAAUUUAUGGAUUUUUGUUUGCUACUUUUGGCCCAAAGAAGAGGUUGAGUACACUAGUCUAAUAAGCAUGUACCAAAAGAUGAAGUGAGGUUCGAAGGAUUUACUUAACCUAAUUACAAUAUCGUGCUACGGAAAAUGUGUUCUCUAUGUGAUUCCUUAUUUCCUUUAUUGCCGUGUUAUUUCUUUCUGAUAUUUUUUUUGAUACCCAUACUCAGCUUGAUUCAUUAUGUCUUUUCCCUUCGUUUACAGUUCUCAUAAUAAUAGAUAAACUGGACGAGCUAUGUGUUUUAAGUCACAACAAUACUAAAUUUUGUACAUGUAGUUUGAUUACCUUUUAAUUAAUAAAAAAUUCUUGCAUUCAUGA